UCUAUUACUUCUUGCUCCUGGGGUUUAGUCCAUGGACCCCGUUGAAUGUGCGAGGCGAGGAAAAUUCAGCAUUUCAACUGUACGAGAUUUUCCACAAUCCAUCAUUAUCAGUGGUGGGCGGGAACCGAGAAGGGCGAGGGGAAGGCAUGGCGACGGAGCUGGAGGGCGGAGACUACGGCGCCUUCAUGGAGAGAUUCGAGCUGCUGCCUCCGCAAUCUCAGCAGACGGAGAAGCUCCCGUUGCACGGCCUCACCUUCGCCAUCAAGGACAUGUGAUCAACUUCGACGUCAGCGGCCGCGUCACCGGGUUCGGCAACCCGGACUGGGCGAGGACGCAUGGCCCCGCCGCCGCCACCUCCCCCGUCGUCCUGGCCGCGCUGGCCGCCGGCGCCACCGGCGUCGGCAAGACCAUCAUGGACGAGAUGGGCUGCAGCAUCGAUGGGGAGAACGCGCAUUAUGGCACGCCAACUAAUCCCUGCGCUCCCGACAGAGUUCCUGGAGGAUCCUCCAGUGGAUCAGCGGCCGCGGUCGCCGCAAAGCUUGUCGACUUCUCUUUAGGCACGGACACCGGUGGCAGUGUUAGGGUACCUGCUGCCUACUGUGGCAUAUUUGGACUCAGGCCUUCCCAUGGAUUGGUUUCGACAGAAAAUGUCGUUCCAAUGUCGCAGAUGUUUGAUACUGUUGGGUGGUUUGCUAGAGAUAUCUCUACGUUAUCUCGUGUAAGCAAUGUGUUGUUGCCGCUACCUGCUGACAACACUAUCAAGCAACCAACUCAAUUUACAAUUCCCAAGGACUGUUUUGAAAUCUUAGGCUCUUUGAGGGACCAAACAUAUCAGGUUCUCAAUGCCUCAAUAGCUAAGAGAUUUGGUAGUGAUGCAGUAGAUAAUAGGAACCUUGGUGAAUUCGUCUCCAACAAUGUUCCGAAAAUUGGGAAGUUCAUUAGCGACUUCUCGAAAAGCGAAUCACCUUCUGUACCUGCUCUAUCUGCCAUUUCAUAUGUCGUGGGAUGCCUCCAAAGGUCCGAAUUCAAAGCCAAUCAUGCAGAAUGGGUCAACACUGUAAAGCCUAACCUAGGCCCAGGCAUCCGAGAGCGGGUACACGGGGCCAUUACAUCAGAAGCUGGACCCAUGGAGGAGUUUCAUGUUCUGAGGACUGAAUUCAAGGCUGCACUUGAUGCUCUUGUCAAGGAUGAUGGAAUCCUUGUGAUCCCAACAGUUCCUGGUUCUCCACCAAAGCUGCGCACGGAAGCUGCUGCGCUGGAAAACUUCCGGGCAAGAGCAUUUUCACUUCUUGCAAUCGCUGGACUGUCUGGGUUUUGCCAGUUGAGCAUUCCUCUUGGCGUGCGCGAUGGCGUUCCAGUGUCGGUCUCUCUCGUGGCACGCCAUGGCGCGGACAGGUUCCUCCUGAGUGUGGCUGAGGAGCUGUAUGAGGCGCUCAAAGAGGAGAGCAAGAAAGCAUGGAGCUCAUCAGACUCCUCUUCCUGAGCCAUCAGUCAUAAUUCAACCAUAUGGAAACAAGCGGAAGUGAAUUUUGGUUAAUAAAGCAGUAGCAUCAGCAUAAACAUUGAUGCCAACAAAAUCUCAUAUGUAUGCAGCUUCUAAUGAUAUAUUUCUAUACACCUGGGUGAUGGAAUGCGCAAUGCAGGCACAUUCUUCUUCUUUGCAAGCAUUCUGUGGGUUCACAGUUGUGUUUGUGGAGCGGUUGGUGCCGGAAACCAAAGGAAGAACCCUAGAAGAGAUUCAAGCCUCCUUUCGCAAAUGGUUUGCUUGUCUAGUUGACUAGUUUAGAUAGCCAAAUCCCUGGAUUGGGGAUGCUAGCUUCAAUGGUUAUCUGGGAUGCUAUUGUUUGUUGUACACACAAAAAUUACUUCCCUUUUUUUUCA